AUGGCCAACCCCCAAACCCCAUCCACCGGCGCUGGCGCCAGCAACAACAACCUUACACCCAAUACCAACCUCAGGCCCAUCACCAAAAUCAGACUCCUCCCCAGUCGCAAUCCCAUCACCCCACCCACAACAAAUACAAACACCCCAAGCCUCCAGCCCAAGCAGACCAAGCUCAAGCUCAAGGCCUCCUCGUCAGCCUCGGUCGACGCUGCCAGUCGCCGCCGCAAACAACACCGCGGCUCAGACGCCGGCAUCUCUCCCGCUCGUCCACCCAAGGAACCCAAGACCGUCGUCCAAGCAGCAGGCGCAAACCUCGCAGCAGGUACAGAGACAACAGGUACCAACGCAACGGGAACAGGAACGGCUGGAACAGCUGAAACAGGAAGCUCAAACUGGUCCCCGCGCCGGCGAAUCCACCACUGGCUCAACCAACAAGUCUCCAUCCACCUAGACCGCCUAAGGCCCUCCUCCUCCUUCGCCAUCGCAGCCCGCCUCGGCGCCGCGGCGACCAAGAAGCCGAGGAUCCUCCUCAACACGCAGAACAUUCGCUGGAUCCAGGCGAAGAAUGGCGCCUGGGUGAAGACCUCGCUUCUGACUAGCAAGGAGGAGCUGGCUCUUCAAAAGACGAAGACAUUCGACGACGGCGACAAUGACGUUGACAUGAGUGAGUGA